AUGCAGCUGACAAUUGAGUUCGGAGGGGGUUUGGAGCUUCUCUGUAACUCCAAGAAGAUUCACCAUGUCAAUGUUGAAUUUGAACCACAAAAUGGAGAAGACAAGUUAACCAUGAGAGAAUUGCUUUCUUGGGUGCAAACCAACUUGAUUAAGGAGAGACCUGAAAUGUUCAUAAAAGGAGAUACUGUGAGACCUGGAGUUCUCGUCCUUGUGAACGAUUGUGAUUGGGAGCUAAGUGGUCAGCUGAAUACAUCACUGGAAGAGAAAGACGUGGUGGUCUUUAUAUCAACAUUGCAUGGUGGUUAA